GUCACGUCCCCAGAGAUGUCAAACUUCGAGGACGAGGACCCAUUGGCGGCGGCCCUCUCAUCAGCAUUCGUGUCAUCACCUUCUCUCCGUCCGCCGACGCCCCCGACACAGUUAACGGAAGCAGAGACAUCUUUGGCCUCGGAAUCGACAACGGAAAGCUCAGUCACUUCGGAUUCGAUUGAAGAUUCGUCACAGGCUGACUACGAAGCACACGUAGCUGAGUGGAGAGCCCAGUCUGCUGAGCAACGAGAGAAAGCGGAGAAGGAGCGUGAACGUUGGGAGGCAAUUCGUGCGGCUGAGAAGCAAGAAGCUGCUCUUCGCAAAGCAGCUUUGCCUGAUGUCGGCGGAACUUCUGAACAUGGUUGGGAAACUGUAGGAGAAGCAACUCGGCCAUCUCCCAGCCCCGCAGAUGCUCGCGACUUGGUAACGGGUGAACGGUCAAAAGAGGUUCAGAGACCAAGCCAUGACACAACAGACGAGUCCCAAAAAUGGGACGAGGUUUCUGAGCCUCUGACCUCAUCAUAUCCUUCCAUGUCUUUCCCAGACCGCACCAAUACUCCGUCACCACAACACGACCCUUCUCCCGCUCCUCACCUCGAGUCAGCCACUAUCGCCAUUUUCGACUCUUCUCUCUCACCUCGCACGCGCAUCACGGCCCUGUUUUCUUCUCUCGCCAUCAACCUCUUACUUCCGUUCGUGAAUGGCGUCAUGCUCGGGUUUGGAGAGAUUUUCGCAAAGAAUGUCGUAUUGGAAUACUUUGGUUGGAGGCCACUCACACGACCAGGCUCAGUAGCAGCGACAGCUGGCCUCAGAAAAUCUAGAUAG